AUGCCCUACUCAAGUCUUCAACCGCAUGCGCGCGACUCUCUAGAACUAGCAAGUCUAGCUUCAAGUUCACCUGAACACCGAAAUUCAACGUCCUCGACCUCCUCACGGUCUGGUAUAUCAUCCUCCCGCAAACUCUCCCUUGAAGCAGACGACCCCCUCGAUGGGCGAAAUCCCGCAGCCAAUGGCCGCGCAGGCGCCCAUGGUCGGACCUUUUCUAUGUCCUCUGCGUUCGAUUUUGCUUCCAAUAUAUACCCCUUAUCCUCAACCAACGAGAACGGUUACGCGCCUAUUGGACAUACCCCUAUAACGCCUUCCAGUGGGCAGACAGGACUAGGGGCCAGCAGUCUGGAGAAGCACAAGACGUUAACAUACUUGAACGGGCUGUCGUUGAUUGUGGGAAUUAUAAUUGGGAGUGGAAUCUUUUCCAGUCCGAGCCAGGUCAAUGCGAAUGCUGGAUCGCCAGGCGCGUCAUUGAUAGUAUGGGGAAUCGCUGGAAUCCUCGCGUGGACUGGGGCGUCAAGUUACGCAGAACUGGGAGGGGCCAUCCCGUUAAACGGAGGGGCACAGGUUUACCUAUCAAAGAUAUUUGGGGAACUGUUUGGGUUUCUAUUCACGUGGUGUGCAGUGAUGGUGUUGAAGCCAGGAUCAACGGCCAUCAUCUCGAUUAUCAUGGGGGAGUAUUUGGUUCGAGCAUUUAUCGGAGCAGAGGCCGAGAAUGUUAGUUCUUGGAUCAACAAGAGCGUGGCAUUGGUUGGGUUAUUCGCCGUCACAUUGCUUAAUUGCAUAUCAACGAAGUUAGGCACCAGAAUGGGGGACAUGUUUAUGUUCAUGAAGUUCAUAGCAUUGCUUGGGGUUACGGUUAUUGGCAUUGUCGUUGCGCUCACUGGGUUUUCAGCAUCGGGGAAGGCAAAUCAGGAUUGGAAAACUAAGGGAUGGUUCGAGGGCACGAGUACCAGCGCUAGUUCUUGGGCUGUUGCUCUAUACGCGGGGCUGUGGGCGUUCGACGGUUGGGACAAUACCAACUACGUUGUAGGGGAAUUUCGGCAUCCCACUCGUGAUCUUCCACGAGUCAUCCACACGGCAAUGCCCCUUGUGAUCCUAUCAUACAUCCUCGCCAACAUGGCUUACUUCUUCGUGCUACCUCUCUCCGCCCUCGACUCCUCGAAUACCGUAGCCGUCAUGUUUGGUAAUAAAGUCUUUGGACCAGUUGGCUCUCUUAUCCUGGCUUUAAUUGUCAGCGCCAGCUGCUUCGGUGCCUUGAACGCCGUGACAUUCACAAGCGGACGGCUAGUCUAUGUAGCUGGAAAAGAAGGGUACCUCCCAGCUUUGUUUGGGAAGAUUGGAGUAGGAAAUGGUGCCGAGCCAUCUCACACGGAACUACGAACGCGCAAUUGGCUGUCGCAGCGGAUGGCGAGGCUGUUCGGGGAUGAAGACACCGGUCUUUUCUUCACGCCUGUCAAUGCCAUGAUCCUCAAUACAGUGCUCACUGUAUGCUAUGUCCUUGUUGGCGAAUUCGAGACACUCGUCACAUUCUACGGAGUGGCUGGAUAUACAUUCUACUUUUUGACCGUCCUAGGACUUAUCGUCCUCCGAGUCAAAGAGCCGCAUCUCGAGCGGCCCUACAAGACGUGGAUCACGACGCCCGUUAUUUUCUGCUGUGUGAGCCUGUUCUUGCUCAGCAGAGCCGUCUUCGCAGAGCCGCUACAAACGCUCAUCGUGGUCGGGUUCAUCGCGGCUGGCGUGCCGUUGUAUUACUGGCGGAUACGGGGACGGGACAAAGUCACGAAGAGGUCGAGGAGUAGCAGUAAUGCUGGCCAUGGAUGGAAAUUCUGGAAACGGUUCCAAAGUUAG